GGGGGGGGUGAAGCUUCCACUUCCGGGCUAGAGGUCAGAGGUCGAAGCGGGUGGGGGUGGGCGGUGAGUCUCUGGCUGAGGCGCAAGGAGACCGCCCCUCACCAUGACCACCAUCAGGACCUUCACUUGCGACGAUCUCUUCAAAUUUAACAACGUAAACUUGGACCCUCUCACAGAAACCUAUGGGAUCCCCUUCUACCUCCAGUACCUGGCUCACUGGCCCGAGUACUUCCUGCUGGCCGAGUCCGCGUCGGGUGACAUCAUGGGCUACAUCAUGGGGAAGGCGGAGGGCUCGGUGUCACGCGAGGAGUGGCACGGUCACGUAACGGCACUCUCCGUAGCUCCUGACUUCCGCCGCCUGGGCCUGGCUGCCAAGCUCAUGGAGCUGCUGGAGGAGAUCUCCGAGAAGAAGGGCUGCUUCUUUGUCGACCUAUUCGUCCGGGUGUCCAACCAGGUAGCCGUCAGCAUGUACAGGCGUCUGGGCUACAGCGUGUACCGCACCGUGCUCGAGUACUACUCGGCCAGCAACGGGGAGGCGGACGAGGAUGCGUACGACAUGCGAAAAGCCCUGUCGCGGGACGUCAACAAAAAGUCUGUGGUUCCACUGCCGCACCCCGUGCGACCCGAGGACAUCGAGUAACGAAGGCUGCGGUUCUUGGCGAGCGCUCUCCCCUCCACAUCUUCACCCCACCCCAAACCCCGUCUUCCCGCCACGAAAUCACGAUCCACGGUCCUCGUAGUGCAAAUCCGCAGCUCUCUCCAUCGGCAUGCAGCUGCACCAUGAAUACGGCGGUCACGCAAUAUUUCGGGGCCGCGCAACUCAACCGAAAAGUGACUGGAGGCGAACGAAUGAGUACUGCAGAGGCGAGCAGAUGAGUAUUGCAGAGGCUAGGUUGAGAAACUAAAGAGAACGUUAUUAACCACUAUGGUCACUGUCGUCCAUCAGUUGCCACAAAUGUCAAGUUUGAUGCAAGUGAAAGGUGAAAAACAUUUGUAACAAUAUUUUGCGGUAAGACUGGGUGUAUGGGCUCUUGUGGAGAUUGAUCAGAAUCAAGGAAAGCUUCUUUCAUUCACAGUCUCCGGCUGUGUGCAUUUCAUAAAGAGGGAUUCAAAUAAUUUCUCAAUCAAUUGACUUUCAAAAUCACAAUAGAUUAUGAAACGUAAAAGCUCGUGUGAGCUGUUGAAAGUAGCAGUACAAGUGGGUAUGGCGCAUAAUGGAUAAGUCAUGAAGAAUGAACAGUUUUAUCUGCAUUUCAAUCGAUCUACUUUUUCAGAUUUUCAAGUCCAUUACAAAAAUGUGUUGGUACAACAAAAUUGUCCAGUUCACUUCAAGUUGCUAUCUUGCAGUUGAAAACUUUCUUCAUUGCACGGAGGGUGCAUAUUGUGCAUGUACCUCCGAGCAACACAAACUGAGAGCAGACAUGAACCACCGAAGGCACAACGUAUUUUGUGUUGGGUUUAUUUAACGAUGAGAUAAUAGCAUUCAACCAUAUUCCAUGGUGCAGCCUGUGCGUUAAGCCAAGGCAACACCUUCAUUACAUGCCGCUUAUAAAUUGCCGCGAUGCGAUCGAGGAAAAUAUCAAUGCCUGCAAGCUUCAAGGAAAUUACAUUUUCUGCAGGAUGCUAUAUUUAUUCAGUACCGUAGAUCGACAAUGACUUCGUGGCUGAAAUCCCAAGAACCGCAGACUUUUGACAAAUUAAAAUGCCUCGUUUUGUAAAUAAACGGGGUGGACCUCCCAAA